CACACCGGUCUUACUGACCUGUGUACUAUCGCGAAAGGAAUUGUGGGUAGCACUACUUUUUCAACAUGGCUGCCGAUUGACAUCAUCUCAGUUUGUCAACGUUCAAGCCAUGGAAACAGCAACUCCAGUAAAGUCAGUGAGGGCCUGUCUAACUUGUAAUCGUUCAUCUCAAGGACAUUUAAAAAACUUAAGAAAUGUAGCUAUGCGAUCCAUACUACUGAAAAAACAGUUUGAAUGUCUGGGCUGCAAUAUUGAAGACCUUGUGAAAGUAGGACAUGAAAAUCUGUUGGUUUGUGACACAUGUUUGAAAAUAUUGGACAAACUAUCAGAAAUGAAGUUGAAUUUACAAAUGAACAUGAAAGAACUAAAGAAGAGUGAGGAUAGAACAAAGAGAUUAAUUAUGCAUUCUGUUUCUCCAGUAGUUAAGAAGUUCAAGGACACAACUGUACCAGUAAAAUCUAGAAAAAGUUCAAGGGCACUUUUUAAGAUGCCAUCUCCAUCUCCAUCAAGAUGUAUUGAUUCAGUUAUUAGUCCAAAAUCAGGCAGCAUUGAUCAUUCAUACUCUGGUAUACCAAGCAAAACAAAAACACAAAGCCUUGACCAUUUGUAUUCAACAACCGUAAAUCAAAAUGUAGAUCUUAAUAAUCCAUACAGUUUUCAUAAGAAGAAAAUACUGAUGCCUCCUGAAAUUACUGUUAACGAAAAGAAAAGUGUCAUAACAAUAUUUGAACAAUCAUCAAAAGACACUGUAAGUGUUAAUACUGUUUUGGAAAAACUUCUUGAUCUCCCUUCUGUAAAUGAAAGACUAUAUCUAUGUUUAUUGCAACGACUAUCUGGAGAACUAAACAGGAUCUGUGGAACAAAAGACAAAAGUGUUUUAAGGACAAAGGUGUCAGAACUAGAACCUGAAACCUUUUUCAGUGACAUUGUAAAAGAAAUGCACUUGAAAUGUCCGAAGGUGUUGCAGUUUCUGAUAACCCUGUCUUGCCCAAUGGAUCUUGCAGUUCCAGAGAAAAAACAUGGCAUAGCAGCUAUGUAUGCACUUGGCAUGUACUUACGGAACAACCACAUAAUUGCCUUUCAAAAAGCUGUUGCUGCAUCAUGUAUAAGAUAUAAUGCAGGGAAUGGACUCAUGGAGUUUUUACACAAUCUGGGAAUGUCAAUACCUACAAAAAGCAAGCUGCCAAUGUUGGAUGACCUUGGACAAAUAAAUGGUCGGGAUGUAGUUUCUGCUUUGGCUAUUGGGAAAACCAUCAAAAUCACAGUUGAUAACAUUGACGGGCACAUAAAAGCUUAUCAGGUCAGGCUUGGUAGUGGAAACAGAGAUUUUCACUACACUCAUUGGUCGAUCCUUAUCGACAGAUUUGACCCAAGAGAUCUUCAAGGACUGAGCACACAACCAAAACAGAUAACUGCCCAAGGACCUGACCCUACCAUCUUCUUCUUGUCUUCAAACGAACAUGAAGCAUUAAGGAAAAGAUGUACUCAGCUUGUCAUGCGGAUACUGGUAGAAGAAAUACAGCCAUUGUCCAUGUUUUCUACGGCAACACCUCGUCUUGUGGACCAUAUAUACAGACAAGUGGUUGAUAGACCAUCACAAGUUCAUCCAAUGUUUGUGAUCAUGAAAGACCCAAAGUCAUUACCUAAUUGUGUUCAGAUAAUGGACACUAUAUUAGGAACCAUAGAGUCAUUAUAUACAUCUGCUGGGAGAGGUGAUGAGUUUAACAACAUGGCCAGUAUUCCCCUGGGUGGUGAUCAGCUGACACGGGUAACAUUUGAUUCGGCACGCGUUCUGAGAUCUGGUACUCACAGUCGAACAGAGAGGUUUGACCAGUUGUCUCCAGUCAUCGAAGAACUAUUUCAUGUUCAGCAAGACUUGUUAGAGAAAAUCAUCAAAACCUUCUACAUACCAGAAACAGCUCGUGAAGAGGGAUCACUUGCCCAGUACAGAGCAAUUCUUCAUAGAACAAACGUUAAUGGUCAAGUUAAGGCUAAUGGAUAUGAAUCACACAAAGACUUCCUCAUUACUGUCACUAGAGCUCUUGUGAUAGAGUUAGCUUGUGAAAGAUGGGGGGCUGAUUGCAAGACAGACUUGGGGUCUCUGGUUCCGGAAGAAGUGAAGACUUCUAAUACCAAAGGGAAGAAGCAGUGGUUACAGGAGCAAGUGACCAAAGUGGUGGAUACACUGUUCUGCCCAUACUCUGCUCCAAAAGAUGCUAAAAUAUACCUUCGGCGCAGUGGCCAUUUGUACUGUGUUACGGUGCCUUCAAAAGAUGUCGGGAAAACCAUUGAUCUUAUCAUAAAUGGUGAAGCUGUCCGCAUAAGAGUGCCUGAAGAUUGUAAAACUGAAGAAGCAGAAGAUGGUGUGUUUUUAUACAGCCUUGGGAUUGUCAGAGUUGCAAUGGACUUUAUCAUGUUCAAUGAUGCAAUAAAAUCAGGUGAUAUAGACAUGAUUACAAUUCUUAUGAAACGAUUCAUUCCACUGUUUAUAGGAUUGUCAUCCUACAAAUCAAAGUAUGCUAUUGAGUGUGUCAACUUCCUUACUAAAACUGAAUGCCUGUUGUCAGACUUUGAAAGUGCUAGAGUGAAACUGGGAUUGUUGGUCAACAGAAAAGGCCGACCAGGAAAAAACAAACCAGCAGACAUGGAACAGGAGAAUAAUAUUCGUCUUGUCAAACACGUAAUUAGAGGACUUGGAGCCGGAAAAAGUGAUAAAGCUAUGCUAAGAAUAUCGAAGGCAGCACCUGUAAUCAGUGCAAUGGUAAAUGGACUAGAAGGAAGCAAGACACAUAAAGAUAGACACUCCAGAAAGUCAAUAUCAGAAGAUAUUUCAAGAUUAGGGGAUGCAAUUCGAAAAAUAAGGCCUUUCAACUAUCAGAAGGGUAGACAAAUGAAUCCUUUCAAGAAAAUUUCAUCAAAUGUGAUUGGUGCUGUGAACAAAGACAAAUUAAAGGACUUUAUAAUCAGGCACAGCUCCAGAGCAGUUAAUAAGCUUGCUUUUGAUGACAAUGAAGACUAA